AACUGGCACACUUCGACGAGAGGGAUCGACUUCAACUUUUCAACUAUGACGAUCUCUCAAGAUACAACAAGCGACAAAAUGUCUACAAGUUACCGGGACAUAGUUCAGUAUGCUACAACAUCUGAAGAGGACACCACAUCCUCCUCCUCAUCUUCAGAUGAUGAGUCCCAGGUCAUCCUUGGCGUCCUCUCCUCCCCCUCCUCAGAUUACUUGAUCUGCUCGUUUUUGGGGCAGGGAGUCUUUGGAAAAGUCGCCAAGUGCACCAAGUCAGCCACUAAGGAAACAGUGGCUGUGAAGAUCAUCAACAACACCUAUAAAUUUGAGGCAUUGAACGAGGCUGCCAUCCUUAAACAACUGAGAGCUUUCGACUCAGACAGAUACAACUUUGUCAGAUACUACGGUGCUUUUACUGACAAAGAGCGAUUUUGUCUUGAGUUUGAAAUGCUGGACAUGAGUUUGUGCACUUUCUUGGAAAAGAGACCUCGCAACUGUUUCUCUGUGAAAGAGAUCCGCCCCAUCCUGCACCAGAUGGCCACGACUCUACAACUCCUGGGAAGCCUUGGACUCGUGCACACAGAUCUCAAGCCAGACAAUAUCAUGAUGGUGGACCAUGUAAACCAGCCUUUGAAGGUUAAGAUGAUUGACUUUGGCUUGUCCCGUCAUGCUUCCCAGAUGAAGAGUGGUGAAGAAAUGCAGGCGCUUUACUACAGGUCUCCAGAGGUCAUCCUGGGACAUCCCUGCACAGCAGCCAUUGCCAUGUGGUCUUUAGGCUGCACUGAUGCGGAGUUGUUCCUAGGCUAUGCCCUGUACCCUGGCAGCAGCGAGUAUGACAUGCUACGACAUAUGGUUCAGACCCAGGGUCAGCUGCCGCUCGGACUUCUGGACAAUGGCAGCAAAACAAGGGACUUCUUCUGCAGUGGCAGACGCCAUGGACGCCGCUGGAGAUUGAAGACACAUUUGGAAUACGGACAAGUCACCAGGGGCAAUAGCAAGUUCAACUCCCUGGAUGAUUUGAAGAAGAUUAGACCAGUCUGCCAUCUGUCAGAUGAGGACACCAUGGCACAAGUUGAAGAUGUGGACAACUUCAUUGAUUUACUCAAGAAGAUGCUUUAUCUGGACCCAAGGAAACGGAUAUCGCCCAGCCUUCUUCUUGAGGAUCCAUUCAUCACCAUGACUGACCUCAUUGACAGCUACCCCAACAGCUUCUACACCAAAUCAGCUUGUGAGAUGAUGGAAGUCUGUCGGGAUCAGAGUCAGAGAUCAGAAGACAUGGAACAGGAUUCAUGGCUCAACCCGCAGGCCUCCACCAGCACAGCCACCCUGGACCAGCACAAUACCCCCAGCCAGGUUGCUCCUGCUUGGCACAAUCACCAGGAGCAUCCCCUGGUACUGGAGGUUGCAUCGGCCAUCUUCAGUAGCCUCUCCAUCUGUGACGACCAGAGUCCACCACGGCCACAGCAACUCAGCUGUUCCGUUGCCAAGGGAAAGGCAACGCCAGAGCACCAGUUGCCCACCACCUCUGUGGCUACAUCCGAUACUGGCAAAGUAUCGGAUGUGAGGAAACUGAAGAGGAGGUUUUCUGAAACCUCACAGAGCGGUGACAGAAGUCUGGAGAGCGGCCCAGCCCCGAAGAAGAAGAUGAGGAUGGAUCUAAUCGAGACACAUGCAGAGCAACACGAAACCUCCAAAGAGGCUCCAGCUGAGGCUUCAUCCAGCAUGGCCACAGCUACGCCUCAGAGGAAAAGGACGUGGGCGACCUUUGUAGCCUCAUACACUGGGUCAAGAACUCCAUACACUGGAUCACUGGAGAGGAAGAAAAGGAAGAUGACAGUGAUGGAUUCUUUAAGCGAGGCCCAAACUGAAGCUCCGUCCACUGAGGCCAAAAUUAAUCCUCAGAGAAAAAGGACGUGGGCGACCUUUGUAGCCUCGCACCCUGGGUUAAGGUAA